UCCAUUGAAUCGCCAGUUUCCUUUAUUACUAGCUUGUCUAAAACAGGAACCAACACAUCAGACGGCGAACAAAUUCCGAACAUGCAGAAACAACUCAACCAAGCUCACGUUCUCUAAGUCUUUACUUUCCUUUUUCCCUAUACCUGUAAGUCUUCCCUUUCCAUUUUCCCUCACUUCCUUCUCUGCAAGUAACUCCGGAACCCUAACCUCUCUCUCACUUGUAAAUAUAUUGAAUUCCUCCACCUCCUCUUUCACUCGUUUUCCACUAGAAAUGUCUUCUUUCGAAUUUGACAUAGUCAAGGCUGAAAAAGCCGAUGCCAUGAGAAGGUGUAAAAGAGACAGAAACUGUAGAUUCUGUUUGCGUGCUAUAGGUGCUUUAUCUCUUCUCUGUUGCGCUUGCUCAUGUCUUCCCGUCGUUCAAGAGAUGGCCUCUGGUUAUUUCUACCUUCUGAACCACAAGUUCUUGAUUUUUUUCAUCAUAAACGCUCUGCUUUUCAUUGUCUACUAUUUAUCCACCAACGACGGUCACAGCGACGCUGAGUCUCAGGCUGAUCUCUACGAUCAAUACGUCUACCUUUCCUCUUCUACUCGCCGGGAAACAUCCGCCUCAGAGGAAAAACAAUUGGUCGUCUCACCUGCGCCGGAGUUUCCGUCCGGCGAGAAUACGUUCUCCGACAAACAAUUAGUUAGUUGCAAGAAUGUUAAUCGUGCUUCAAUGGAAGAGAAUCCAGUUCGUUGUCUUGCAGUGAUGGCUGGGACUCGUACUGACGAGAAAAAUGUCAGGAGAACACAAUCAGAGAAGUAUACCAUUGAGAAGAAGAGGAGGAGUUGUCGAACCGAGCUGCGGCGUUCGGAGACAGACAAUGGAAGACAUAUUCCGGCAAGGAAGUCAAUGCAGGAUAUGGACAGCGAAGAAUUUAGACUUAGAAUCGAGAGGUUUAUCGCUAGCAGAAAGAAGGUUCUGAGGGACGAAAAUGUUGCUGUUUUAAUGGAAGAAAGGAAAGAGUGUUUUACUGCUAUCACCUACGUGUGAUUAGCAGUAGUUAAAAAAUUAAUAAGGUAGAAAUUUAGAAUGAAAGAAGUAAUUAAUUAGGGAUUUAAGAAACUAAGAUUUAGGGAUUUGAGAAAUUAAAAUCUGUCUCGAUUUUAUGAAUGUACAGUGCAUAAUUUCCCAUUUUAUGCUAAUUACGAAUUAUGAAUAAUUUUU